UGUUUAAUUAAUGGAUACACCAAACAUGUAAAAGAUUAUUAUAUAUUUAAGAUAAGCAGCUGGAGCUAGACCAAAUAAGCAAACAUUUGAUUAAGCUCCUCCUACUAGACAAGUGUAAAUAUGCAUUUUUAUUUAGAAUUCAAAAUAAAUCUGAUAUUUUUGGAGUCAAUGCUCCUACAAUUGCUCCAUAACCAUCUAGAUAAAGUGUAAGACCUAAGACUGAUAUUUUUAGCAAUGAAUGUCAACCAUAAAAAUAAUAAGAAGUAUUAGACUUAUUAUAUGCAUAUUAGGUGAGAUAAAACAAAACUUUUUAAUCAUAAAUAUUUUCAUAAGAAGUUGUUUAAAAUACAUAACCACCUCCUGCUCGCUCUAAUUAAACAUUUGAAAAUUCUUAAUAAGAAGUUAAAAGAUUUUAAAAAAAAAAUAAUGACAAUAAAUAAGUUGAUCAUGGUAAAGAUUUUUUAUUUGGAAAGAGUGGUAAUAAUUAUAAUUAUAAUAUAUUAAAGAUUUUGAUGAAUAUAAAUCAUUAAAAAGAGCAGCAACUUUAAGUGAAUUCAAACCUAAAUUAAAUUAUGAUCCAUAGAAUAGAAGAAAUAAAGAACUUUAUGGUAAUGAAAUAGCACGUGAACAUCUACCUACUAAAGAAGUUAAUUUAGAGACUUCUAGUCCAUAAAAAUAAAAAAAAUAAACUUAAUAACAAUAAGAAUAGAAUCCAACUAAUAGAAAAUUAAUGGAAAAUCAAUCAAGUGUUUUUGGAGAUUCUCCAACGUAUAGCUUAUUAUUCUAUUUACAGUAAGGUUGUAGCAAAUCAAAAAGUUGAAAAAUUGACUGCUUCCACAUAAAAAUGGAGUACUGUUGGAGGAUAAAGCAAUAAUCUAGCCAAAGAAUUUGAUCCUGAAACAUAUGCUAAAAAUAAAAAAGAAGCUGAAUUAUAAUCCACUGUCUUUGGAGAAUAACCAAUAAAAGUUUAACCAGUUAUAAUUUAAGAAUAAAAAGAUGAAUCUGAAACUUAAUAAAGUAGUAUUAUUUUAUUCUAAAUAGAUCAAUAAUAAUAAUAAUAAUAAAAAGUCUAAAAACCAAAAGAAAGAUUAAUACCUAAUAAUUAAACAUGGUAAUAGACUGAUUCUGUUAAAAAUAUGAGAGAUUUUGAUCCUACAUAAUCAUAAAUUAAAGAAGAUGUUGAACCAUCAUAAAAGAAAAUGGAUGCACUAAAGUCAACCUUAGAUACUCAUUAAUUUGAAGCAUAAUAAAUACCAGCUAACCAAAAAAUAUCAAAUAAAAGUCUUAAAGUAUAAAUAAAUCUAUCUAAAGUAAAAAAAAGACAUAAUUUAAAGAGAGGAGAAAGUAGCCAAAGAGAAAACAACAACAAAAACAUAACCAAAGAAAAAAUGAUAUAUUUAUA